AUGGAUACUAAUUUAAAAGUUUUUGCCUUGGGCGGUUUGCAUGAGGUGGGAAAAAAUUGUUAUGUUUUAGAAAAGAAUGAGGACAUGAUUAUUAUUGAUUGUGGAGUAAAAUUUCUCAAUAAUAAUAAUUUAGUUGAUGGGGUUAUUCCUGAUCUUUCUUACUUGUGCCAAAAUAGGCAAAAGAUAAAAGGCUUGUUUAUUACUCAUGGACAUGAAGAUCAUAUAGGAGCAAUUCCUUAUUUAUUGCAGUUAAUACCAAAUAUUCCUGUUUAUGGUUCAGAAUUUUCCAUUUCAUUGUUGAAGCAGAAAUUAAAAAGUGAAGAAAGUAAAGAAAAAAUUACUAUUUUUAGGGAUGAUACGGUAAUUCGCACUGAGGUUUUACAAGAUAACACUCGUAUAGUAGUCACAGGAGAUUUUAAAUUUGAUUGGACUGAGAUUGGAGAAAAAACCGAUCUAUUUAAAUUAACUGAAUAUGGAAAAAAAGGGGUUGAUUUGCUGCUUAGUGAUUCAACCAAUGCCGAAGUGGAAGGUAAUACUCCUUCAGAAACAAAGGUAAUUAAGCGUUUGCGAAAUAUUAUUUUUGAGGCCACCGGAAGAGUGAUCAUUACUUCUUUUGCUUCAAAUGUAUAUCGUUUGAAAGAAAUUAUUAAAAUUGCCGAAGAGAGCAAAAAAAAAAUUGUUUUACUAGCUGCUGCCAUCAGCAAGACUCCUAAUAACAAAUUGAUUAUCUUUUGUACUGGCUCACAAGUUGAACCAGGGGAUUCGAUUAUUUUGACUUCUUCACCCAUUAUGGAUAACAAACUAAAUGUGGAAAUAAUUAACAAUAAAUUAUUUGAAUUAGGAGCUAAAAUAUAUGAGAAUGGAGGAGAGAAUUUAAUCCAUGCUUCUGGUCAUGCUUGCCAAGAGGACUUGCGGUUAAUGUUAAAGUUAGUUAACCCUACUUAUUUUAUGCCCUUUCACGGUGACUUUCGCAUGUUGAAAAAACACGGACAUUUAGCUAAGGAGAUGGGAAUGCCAGAAAAAAAUAUCUUUGUUUGUCAAAACGGAGAAGUGGUUGAAGCAAAAGUUAAAGAAUUAGAAAGUAGUAUUGAAAUAAGAAAAAAAAUGUCGCGAGGUGGAUUAAUUUUAGUUUUGAUUUUUUACGAUAAAAAAAAGGAGCAAUUAGCCGAGCCUCCUUAUAUCUUUACUUAUGGAUUUAUUAACAUGAAAAAACAUGGUGAUUUAAUUGAUGGUUGGAAAAACAAAAUUAAUGAACAAGUGAAGAGUAGAGGAAAAGAUUUGCUUUUAGUCGAAGAAUUAAAAAAAUAUGUUGAAAAUGAAUUCGAGAAGAAAGUCGAAGAUUUAAAGAAACUCCAAGAAAAUGAUUCAAAAGUUUUAUUUAAAAAAUUCCUAGAAAUUUUAAGAGUUAAUUCGGUUUCUGAUAAAUCUAAUGCUUUUGAUAAACUUAUUAAUCUUUUUGUUGUUAAAGUGUUUGAUGAAAAGGGAGGAAAUAGAGAAUUUGGAAUAAGAAAUAACCCAAAAGUUUUUAAUGGUUUAGAAUUUCAAUUUAUCGAUAAAAAUGAUACUCCAGAAAGUUUUAUGAGGAGAAUCUCUGACCUUUACAAAGGUGGAAUGGAGGUUUAUUUUAAGAAAGAAAUUACUGGUUUCUUAGAGUAUAUUGAAAUUGGCAAUUUAAAAGAAAACGAGAUUAAAGGAAAAUUAAAAACUGAUAGUAAAUCUUGA